AUGGCUCAGCAACCGACGGAUAAUGUGAUGCGGAGGAAGCUGGUCAUUAUCGGAGACGGUGCCUGUGGGAAAACGAGUCUGCUGAGCGUCUUCACGCUGGGGUACUUUCCAACAGUGCCGACGGUGUUUGAGAACUACGUGACCGACUGCAGGGUGGAUGGUCGUUCGGUGCAGCUGGCACUAUGGGAUACUGCUGGUCAGGAAGAUUACGAGCGACUGCGGCCUCUGGCGUACUCGAAAGCGCACGUGCUGCUGAUUGGGUUUGCCGUCGACACGCCGGAUUCUCUGGAGAACGUCCGACAUAAGUGGAUCGAGGAGGCGAACGAGCGGUGUCCCGGCGUGCCCAUCAUUCUGGUCGGGUUGAAGAAGGACCUCCGCGAAGACCCCGUCGCGAUCGAGGAGAUGCGCAAGAAGUCGCUGCGGUUCGUGACGCCCAAAGAAGGCAGCGACACGGCGGCCCAGAUCGGAGCGCGCAAGUAUCUCGAGUGCUCGUCGCUGACGGGCGAGGGCGUGGACGACGUGUUCGAAGCCGCCACGCGGGCUGCACUGUUGACGUUUGACAAGCAGCGGAACUCGUGCUGCGUGAUACUAUGA